AAAAUCUCAAUCCACCAAUGUCCCGCUAAAACAGAUGCAGCAUGAACAGUAGUUUCUCGCGGGAUUUUCAAAUUCAAAAUCAAAUCAGCUAAACCAAAAUUUAAAGAUUUAAACUCACCAAUUACUAACAACUGAUUAAAUUUCUUCUAUGAAUUUAACGAAACAAAACUAUUUUUCCGCCGCUACAAAGUUCAGAACAUUCUUCAGUUCCAGACCCAGAAUCAAUCCAACCAUAACUCUUUCAAUUUUAGAAACCCUUUUGAAUCACCAUUGCAAAAACUUCAAACAAUUCAGUCAAAUCCUCUCUCAAACGAUCUUCACCGGUUUACUCAACGAUAAUUUCGCCGCUAGCAAGCUUCUCAAGUUCUCAACCGACGCAAAUUUCAUUCAUAUCAAUCACUCUUAUAAAAUCUUCGACACAAUUAACAACCCAAAUGCAUUUCUUUUCAAUACAAUGAUGAGAGCUUAUGUUCAAACAAAUGUACCCAGUAAUUCAAUGGGUAUGUAUAAAUUGAUGCUGAGAGAGAAUGUUGAGCCUGAUAAUUUUACGUAUCCGAUUUUAAUUCAGUCCUGCGCGAUUAGAGUGUCGGAAUUUGAAGGGAAGAUGAUUCAUUGUCAUGUUAUGCAGACGGGUUUUGAGUUUGAUGUGUAUGUGAAGAAUACUUUGAUUAAUUUGUAUGGUGUUUGUGGGAAAUUGAGCUAUGCUCGUAAGGUGUUCGAUGAAAGUCCUGUGUUGGAUUUGGUUUCUUGGAAUUCUAUGUUGGCUGGGUAUGUUUUGGUGGGUGAUGUUGAGGAGGCUAAGUGUGUGUAUGAGAGGAUGCCGGAGAGGAAUGUUAUUGCGUCGAAUUCGAUGAUUGUGUUGUUUGGUAAGAAAGGUGAUGUUGAUGAGGCUUUCAGAUUGUUUGAUGGAAUGCCCAAGAGGGAUUUGGUGUCGUGGAGUGCGUUGAUUUCGGGUUAUGAGCAAAAUGAAAGAUAUGAGGAGGGUUUGGUAAUGUUUCGGGAUAUGAUUGGUUAUGGAAUUAUGGUGGACGAGAUUGUGUUGGUUAGUGUUCUUUCAGCGUGUGCUAAUUUAGUGAUGAUUAAGAUAGGUAAAUUGGUUCAUAGUUUGGCUGUGAAAAUUGGGAUUGAGUCUUAUGUUAACCUUCAAAAUGCUUUGAUUUACAUGUAUUCAAGUUGUUGGGAAGUAGAGAGUGCACAAAAGCUGUUUGGUGGGGGUGACUGCUUGGACCAGAUAUCAUGGAAUUCUAUGAUAUCCGGGUACUUGAAAUGCGGGGAAGUUGAAAAAGCCAAGGCUCUAUUUGAUUCGAUGAUUGAUAAGGAUAUUAUUUCAUGGAGUGCAAUGAUAUCAGGUUAUGUUCAGCAUGAUAGAUUUGCUGAGACAUUGACAUUGUUUCAAGAAAUGCAGGUUAAUGGAGUUAAGCCUGAUGAGACAACUUUAGUAAGUGUGGUCUCAGCUUGCACCCACUUGGCCGCCCUUGACCAAGGAAAAUGGGUCCAUGUUUAUGUAAGAAAGAAUGGCCUAAAGAUUAAUGUCAUUCUGGGUACAACCCUUAUAGAUAUGUACAUGAAAUUUGGAUGUGUUGAAAAUGCUUUAGAAGUUUUCCAUGGAAUGGAGGAGAAAGGAGUGUCCACUUGGAAUGCUGUCAUUCUCGGUUUGGCACUGAAUGGGUUAGUAGACAAAUCACUUGAUACAUUUUCAGAGAUGAAGGAAAUUGGUGUUAUGCCUAAUGAGAUAACAUUUGUGGCAGUUCUUGUUGCUUGUAGACACAUGGGCUUAGUAGAGAAGGGGAGGUGCUAUUUUAGUUCUAUGAUCCAGGAGCACAAGAUAGACCCCAACCUCAAGCAUUAUGGAUGCAUGGUUGACCUUCUAGGACGUGCAGGUUUGCUUAAAGAAGCAGAAGAACUCAUUCAGAAUAUGCCUAUAACACCUGAUGUUUCCACUUGGGGUGCCUUGCUUGGGGCUUGUAAGAAAUUCGGGGACAAUGAUAUGGGGGAGCGGGUUGGAAGGAAGCUUAUUGAACUUCAUCCUGACCAUGAAGGAUUCCAUGUGUUGCUAUCUAAUAUCUAUGCUUCAAAAGGUAACUGGGAUGGUGUUCGUGAGAUUAGGGGAAUAAUGAUACGACAUGGAGUGAUGAAGACCCCAGGGUGUAGUAUGAUCGAAGCAAAUGGAAUAGUUCAUGAAUUCCUUGCAGGCGAUAAAACACACCCUCAAAUUAAAGAUAUCGAUAAUAUGCUCGAUGAAAUGGCUAAGAAAUUAAAGAUGGAAGGUUAUGCACCAGAAACACACGAUGUUUCCUUUGACAUUGACGAUGAAGAGAAGGAAACUACUCUGUUUAGACAUAGUGAGAAGCUAGCAAUCGCCUUUGGGCUUAUCAGUAUUGAGCCACCAACACCAAUCAGGAUAAUGAAAAAUCUGCGGAUAUGUAAUGAUUGUCACAUGGCAGCAAAGCUGAUUUCUAGAGUUUUUGAUCGCGAAAUUGUGGUGAGGGAUAAUCAUCGUUUUCACCACUUCAGACGGGGUUCCUGUACUUGCAUGGAUUACUGGUAGAAAAUAGCUUAGAAUGGGUAAUGUGCUUCCAAAUAACCUCAUUAGUGCAUGGCGACUGGUGUGCUGCCAAGCCUACAAAAGCAAGUGUUUUGGCAAAAACAAAUCGCUUACUAAAUGAUGAUAUAGCUGAGAAAUGGGAAUGAGUAAGGGCAGUGCCAUCUCAAAAAGGAGAGAAUUAUGAGAAUAAGACCUGAAAAAUUCCAGGGUGAUGUAAAUGGGGAGCACUGCAGAUAUUAGUAACAUGGUUAAUAUGCUUCAGCAGGCAUCAUAUUAUUGACUCGUAAUUUUUCGCGGCUUUGACAGAUAAUUAUAUCAGAUAGCUAUAAUAUAUCUCAUCUACUGUGAAAAUUGUAUUCUUGUAAGGUUAUUUGUCCAUUAUGAGCCUGAAAUCACAUCAUAUGCCUCAAGUGAAGAAUUUUUAUGCUUAAGAGGGCUGCUGUGAGUUUCUAAGAUCAACUCUUUUGCCUGGGAGCUUUAACAUCAAAUUUCAGAAAAGUAGAGGCCUAAAGGGGAUACAUUGUAACAUUAAGGGGUUACAAAACCAUUGCAACACAGAAUGGAAAAUCAUUGAUCGUUUUCAACGAGAUGGUGUCCUAAAGGCAAAGCUCUCAAUAUCAAGUGACAUUCGCGUGUUGAGAUCAUACCUCCCUCGUAAGAAGCUACUCUGGUUGUAAUGGAGUUUGAAGAUUAUCAUAUGUUUCGAAUUUGCAAAGUAGAUUUAUAGAUCACCUUAUUACUUGAGCUCUUGCUGUUGUUUUUCAGUUUUGGUCCCAUAAAGAGGAAUUAUUGUAUUCAGUGACAAAAAAAACUCAUAUUUCAUGAAAUAAACUAAUGAACUUCUGCAUGAAAAAGCAGAGUU